UGGCGCGUCGGGCUGGGACCCCUGGCUUUGAUUCGGCGCUUGCAAUCCCAUCCCUGGAUGAGAGCGGAAAGCAGCUUUUGUUGACCUUUGAGCAUUCGACGACGACAACGACGAUCAUCGUCAAUUUUUGGGAGCUUCAAAAAGUCAAUUUUUUGACGCUUUGCGACUACUACAGACGUCAGCGCGUUCGCUCCGUGCUCAGGCUCUCCAGCGUGACAUAACUGACGUCGCUUUUCCUUUUAUUUUUUUCUCUUUCUGCUUUCCCGUCUCCUUAUUACCCACCUCCUCCACCACGGCCUCCCCUGCCACCCUUUCUCGGACUUUGACUUGGCAAUACGUCUUUCACGCACGGGCUUGGCGAUACACAGCAGUCCCGCCCGUCCACUAUCCCUUUGUUAAACAAACCAGUGCAGCCAUUGUUCCGUUCCGAUUCUCAUGCAAGCUGCCCCCCAUUCCUCCCGCAAGGGCGACUAUUCUGUGACAGCCGACCCGUCCGAAUCAACUCCACUCGCUUCCCCUCGCGACUCCGUGGAUUUUACUUAUAGAUACGAAGAGGACAAGAGUAAGGACGACUCACAAGAGAAGAAACAGCCUAAAUUCCCAAAGAGAUCUUCCUCCAUGUAUGAUCCGGGGAGUUCGAAUACAUUGUAUCCUCACUCGCCGCCAACAGGGCGGCCGGUUUACACGCAAGCGAAUUAUCCUGCUCCAUCCGGCUUCGGGACGGACUUGGCCAGUGACGUGAGCCGCGAUCGCGCUUCGUACUAUGCCGACCAGUCCGGACACCACCAAUCAACAAUGUACGGAGGCAGGGGCCACCGUGAUGCUUCGUACGCAACCAUGUCCACCCAUCGCAACUCUCCUUCGCCACCACCGCACUCGGGCCACUAUGUGCCAGAUCCGAACUACGACAACACCUAUUACGAACAAGAACAAGUCCAAGUCCACCAUGCUCCAUCACCUCCCCCCAUGCAGAACCCGUACGGUUAUGGCCAAUAUCCCUACCAAAGUCCCUACGGCUACAAUUUCACGUACAAUCAUGCCUACCCUCCAGCACAACAGCUGUACCGCAGAAGAGGCGCGGGAACGAUCUUUCGUCACAAAACCACCAAAACGGUCGAGUUAACGGCAAGCGGUAACUUUGUCGUUGAGAUUCCUGUCCCAGAAAAGGUUAUUGCACAUGGCAAGUACCGAACUGGCCGUGAAUUCACACACCUCCGAUACUCGGCUGUUUGCGGUGACCCGAAUGAGUUUGAAGACCGUGGUUAUACCUUGCGUGCCGCGGACAUGGGUCGGCAUACCGAGAUGUUCGUCGUUAUGACAAUGUACAACGAAGAUGAAAUUCUUUUCGCAAAAACCUGGAAGGCCGUCAUGAAGAACAUUGCUCACAUGUGCUCCAAAAAACGACACACAAUGUGGGGCGCAGACGGAUGGCAAAAGGUAGUUGUUUGCGUUGUUGCGGAUGGACGGACAAAGAUUCAUCCCCGGACGUUGAAUGUGCUGGGUGUUAUGGGCGCGUAUCAGGAGGGUGUCAUCAAGACAAGCAUCAGUACUGAAGACGUGGCUGCGCAUGUGUUUGAGUUUACGACGCAAGUGUGCGUGGAUACUGAUUUGAACGUGCGAGGUGCGGAUACGGGGUUGGUGCCGGUUCAAGUCCUCUUUUGUCUAAAGGAAAAGAACGCAAAGAAGAUCAACAGUCACCGAUGGUUCUUCAAUGCGUUUGGACGUAUUUUGAAGCCAAACAUUUGCGUGCUGCUGGAUGUUGGCACGAAACCAACAGAGCGCUCUUUAUACCGUCUUUGGAAAGCCUUUGACUCUGACCCCCAAGUUGCGGGCGCUUGCGGAGAAAUCUGUGCGGAAAAGGGCGCGUACUCCCAUAAGCUUCUCAACCCUCUUGUCGCUGCCCAGAAUUUCGAGUACAAAAUGUCUAAUAUUAUGGACAAACCGCUGGAAAGCGUCUUUGGGUUCAUCGCCGUGCUUCCGGGUGCGUUCAGUGCCUAUCGAUACUCUGCGCUCCAAAACGGUGCGGAUGGGACUGGUCCAUUAGAAAAGUACUUUAUCGGAGAGAGAAUGCAUGGAAGUCAUGGGGACGUCAAGUUGGCUCAGGCGAAUAUGUAUCUAGCAGAGGACCGCAUUCUCUGUUUCGAGUUGGUUACAAAGCGGAAUGAAAAUUGGGUUUUAAGAUAUGUGAAGGAUGCGCAGGCUGAGACAGACGUACCGGAUACGAUUGCAGAGUUUAUUUCGCAGCGCCGUCGGUGGCUCAAUGGGUCCUUUUUCGCUGGGGUUCACGCGAUCGCUCACUUUUACCAAAUCUUUCGCUCUGGACACACUGCUCUCCGUAAACUCGCCAUUGUCCUCCAACUCCUAUACAACAGCAUCAACGUCGUCUUCAACUGGUUCUCCUUGGCCAAUUUUUACCUUAUUUUUUACUUUUUAUCCGAAGGCAUGGUCUCUUCCCGGGACACGGACCCGUUUUACGGUGCUGGAUCUGUUGUUUUUCUGGUCAUUCGUCAGAUAUAUAUCUUUGCUCUUGUGAUGAUCUUCGUUGCAAGUCUGGGGAAUCGACCGCAAGGGAGUAGGCUGCUAUACAUGGGAUGCUUUAUACUUUUUGCUUUUAUUAUGGCUCUAAUGCUUUACAUGGCUGGGUUCUCUAUCUACUUGUCAGUCUCUGCUGCCGUCAACGAGACAAGGACGACGAAUCCGGAUGGAACGACGCGAACAGACGUUGGUAAAAUUCCGGGGCUGUUGGAAAGACCAGCUUUCCGUGAUUUGGUGCUGAGUACAGCCUCUACAUAUGGGGCGUACUUUAUCUGCUCCUUUGCUUAUUUGGAUCCUUGGCACAUGUUUUCAUCCUUUAUCCAAUACCUCCUCCUCCUCCCUGGCUUUGUCAACAUUCUGAUGGUGUACGCCUUUGGCAACCUGCAUGACGUUUCUUGGGGAACCAAGGGUGAUAAUGCACCAGUCGAUGUUGCUCCUGUCGUGGUUAAGAAGGAUGACAAGAGCGGCGCAAAAACAGCGACGGUUGACCUCCCUGUUAACCAAAAAGACAUUGACGAAUCCUACGAAGCCUUUCUCCGAGCCCUCCCACCCCCCAUUAAAGUUGCCAAAUCCGGCGAUAACCGAUCGGAUAAGCUUAAACAAGAAGAUUACUUUAGAACAUUCCGUACCCGUGUCGUCCUCCUUUGGAUCUUCUGCAACGUCCUGCUUGUGGCGAUUCUUACCACUCCCUCAGUAGCGGAAAAACUGGGCGUCUUUGUUGGUAGCAAUUCAAUUGAACGCGGCAACUCUUAUUUAACAUUUAUUCUCUGGAGUGUGGCUGUUUUGAGUCUUGUGCGGUUUGUUGGGAGUAUGGUUUAUCUCUGUACUCAGGGCAGCGCAAAAAGUAAGGACGAGAGGGAGAAGAAUAGGUUGUCGGUUGGCCAUGGUGUAUAAAACUGGAUGUUUACGUGUGGACGUGCUCGGUCUUUUGUACAUUGUUUUGGUUUUUCUUGUCGAAUUAGUUUAGUCUUUUAUUUUUGUUUAGCGCUAUAUUGUAUUGUUAAAAGUGAAAUGUUAAUAGUACGUUUUUGUAGAAAACGA